AGAUAGUUUAAAACAUAGUUGAGAAACACUGGAAAUCAUGGUGACGGUAGGAGGAGAGCACAUCGAAACACACUUGUCUGUCAGUCGUCGUGAAAGCGAUUGUCGGAUGGGUGGAUCGUUGUAAUGAGUUGUUUAAACGCUAACAAUGUCUAAUUUUUUACGAGCUCUGGUUUUCGGAGUGCUUUUUAGCUUCGCGAACACCACCAUGCCUCAUCCCUGGUACGAAACUUUACCAGCGGUGGCUUUAGAUUACAAAGUUCACAUCGACGCCGGAAAAGAAGAUUGUUACUUUCAAUAUGUUAAUUCUGGCGCUACUUUCUACGUAAAUUUCCAGGUGGUACGUGGUGGUGAUGGAAAGGCAGGAUUUGCAGUGAGAAAUCCAGAAGGUGUAAUAGUUCAUCCGUAUCAAUGGCUUCCUAAUUCAGAUUAUCAGGAUACAGUGAAGAAUGCUGGCUACUACAGUAUUUGUAUAGAUAACCAGUUCUCUAGAUUUGCUUCAAAAUUAGUUAAUUUAUAUAUCACUGUCAUCAGAUAUGAUGAAUGGAAUAAAUAUACGAAGGAGAUAGAGGAACUGAACCUUUCGGUUGAAAACUUUACGAGCGCGAUAACGCACGUGGAACGGAACAUUAACGAAAUGCUCCAGAGUCAACAUUUGAGUCGCAGUAGAGAAGCACGCGACUUAAAUUUGUUAUUGGAUAACAAUUUUUAUGUUCAAUCGUGGUCCAUUAUGCAAAUAGUUAUCAUAAUGAUAACAACGACUCUACAGGUACAUUUUGUGAGAAAAUUGUUUGAGGUGAAACCGUCGAAAUAUUCAAAAGUAGGCAUAUGAACAAAGUUUAAUUACGGCGUAUUAAAGAUGACACGUUCGGUAAAGGUAUUCGCUACGUUUAUUGUGAUAAUGUCAAACUUACGGGACUUCCAACCUGAAAACGUAGAAUUCCUUACUCUCAGAAUGUUAUGUAUUUUCCUUAGCUAAAAGUUUACCGUAUUCUUGAUAAUAACAUAAUACUCCAUCUUCACAAAAAACUAAAAGCAUUAGCAUAAGACUGUACUGGGUUUCAUAUUUAUAUGCAUGAAACAUUCCUCUUAUCAUUUAGAAACAUUAUCGUCAUUCAUUUUUUUAACUGUCAGCAUACUAAUACAGACGUGCGAAUUAUAUUUAUGGAUCGAUGAAUUGAUUAGAAAAGUUUAUAUUGUACUUAUACUUGUACUUAUACUAUAAUAAAUAAUAGCAUACUUUUGUUA